AUGAUCAACACAGUCCAGAUAUCACCGGCAUGGCAGGACUACUUCAAUCAUCCAAGGGGAGCGCUGUUAGGCAUCAUAUCGGCCGCCUACAACCUCGGUGCAAUCUGUGCAUUACCAUUUGUGCCAUAUGUCAAUGACACUUUUGGAAGAAGAUGGGCUAUCUUCCUAGGAAGCUGGAUCAUGGUGGUUGGCUCGCUUGUACAGGCUUUCUCCAUCAGUGCUGCCAUGUACGUGGUGGCCCGUUGGAUUCUAGGGUUUGGGAUUCCUUUCUGCAUCAUCGCCGGUUCUUCGCUCAUGGGAGAGCUCGCAUAUCCUAAAGAACGCCCUAUCAUGACCUCCCUCUUCAACGCACUUUACUUCGUGGGAGCACUCGUUGCCGCAGGAGUGUCUUUCGGCACACAGCAUCUGCACUCAGACUGGGCAUGGCGAAUACCAUCACUUUUGCAAGCUGGUCCGUCCAUGCUUCAGAUCAUCUUCAUAUUCUUCAUCCCCGAAUCCCCGCGAUUCCUCAUUUCGAAAGACAAGCGUGAGGAAGCGUAUCGGAUACUUGUCCACUAUCAUGCAGAAGGUAAUUCCCAAUCCGACUUCGCCCUCGCCGAAAUGGCACAGAUUGAAUCCACGAUCCGCCUCGAACUUCAAUCCUCCCAGCGCUCCUGGUUUGACAUGGUUUCUACACCCGGAAUGCGCAAGCGCGUAGUUAUUGGCUCCUUCCUCGGCCUUUUCACACAAUGGUCCGGCAACACGCUCAUCUCAUACUACCUGUCAGACCUGCUCCAGCUCAUUGGCUACACGGAUCCGAACUUCAAGGGGAAACUGAACGUCGGCCUGAACAGCUGGAACCUGGUCAAUGCAGUGUGCAUCAGUCUGCUGGUGAGACGGUUCCCGAGAAGAGUCAUGUACUUGACAUGUGCAACGGCGCUGCUUUGCUGCUACGUGGGAUGGACAGUGGCAAUGCAGCAAUUUUUGGAGAAACACUCGCAGGUGGCAGCGAAGAUCACCAUAUUUUUCAUCUUCUUGUAUCAGCCAUGUUACAACAUUGGCUAUAAUGCUUUGACAUACACUUUCCUCGUUGAACUCUUCCCCUUCGCCCAACGAGCCCGCGGCAUAACAAUCUUCCAAUUUUUUGGCCGCGGCGCAGGGUUCUUCACUACCUUUGUCAAUCCCAUCGGCCUGAGGGAAAUAAGCUGGCGCUGGCUAAUCACCUACUGCUGCUGGCUCUCCUUCGAAAUCGUCUUCAUCUACCUCCUGUUCCCCGAAACCUACGGCCGCACCCUCGAAGAACUCGCCUUCCUCUUCGAAACCGACACGCGCGCCGAAGAAGUCCGGCAGCGUGUAGAGAAGCAGCUGCAAAGCGAGUUAGGCGCAUUUGAUUUUGACCUCGACAAAGGGAGUGUGUACCGGAGGAGCGACACACCGCUUGUGCCAAGGGUGCAGGCGGAUGGGCAGGCGACGAUUCCUACGGCAGACACAGUCGGUGGCCGUGAAGGUCGCCAACAGAAUCUGCAGUAG